ACAAAAAUCCAAGAUCAAGUUCAUCAUUUUCAUCAGCAACUGCUUCAGCGCAAUCAUCACCGUCGUUGUCAUCAUCAUUUGCAUCAGCAAGAAGCUCAUCAUCGUCAACAAAUUCCCCAAGUGAAAGUUCAUGUGAUUGCACACCAACUUGUUCCAUGCCAAACCCUCCGAACUGUCCACAAACUUUGUCGUCCACGCCUGAUUUCUGUAAAUGCGAAUCGGGUUAUAUUUUAUCUGAAAAAGGAGGACAAUGUGUUAAGAUCGAGGAAUGCCAAAAAUAUUCAAAAUGCAGAGACGAUCGUAACGCAUCGUUUACAUCAUGUCCAAGGCAAUGUGUCUCAACAUGUUCUAACCCAAAUGGCACUUGUAAACGACAGUGUGAAACCUAUGGAUGUCAAUGCGAACCCCUUUACGUUCUUUCUAACGAAGAUCAAUGUAUUUUACCAGACGACUGUCCAGGUGGUAACCCAUGUGGUCAAAAUAAAACGUUUGUGUUCUGUAACGCGAAAUGUCCAAGAAGUUAUUGUCCUGAAAAUGACAAUCGGGGAAUUGUUGCCUGUUCUCCUCCAUACCCAUGUCCGUCCGGCUGUUCUUGCAAAGCGAAUUAUAAAAUCCUCAGCCUAAAAGAUAACCGAUGCAUUUUAGCUUCUGAAUGUCCACCAGUAAACUGUACACGAGCCAAUGAAGUAUGGAAUCCUUGUCCACCGCCAUGUUUUUCUGAGCGAUGCCGAGAUCUAAGUGAGCCGCCUCAAGAAUGUAUAAGAUUUGGUCCUUCAUACUGUGAGCCUCAGUGUGUAUGUAAAGAUGGCUACCUCAGAAAUGAUAACGACAUUUGUGUACCCACUGCUGAUUGCGCAAGUGACGCAUAA